GCAUCUCGGUUGGAUACGCUGAGAGCAAUGUGUCAUUAAGGUGUCAUCAAAAUUAGUCCUGUAGGUGUGGGCUGCUCCCUAGGUUUGUGAUUUUAGAUUUUCAAAGGGACGGGCUUCAUUGGCUCUGGAAUCAAGUACCUGAAACUUGAGAAAUGCCAUUGUAACAGGAGGCGCCCAGGAACUUAAGGGUAAUGCACACACAGUCUAGAAAAUGACGAAACUUCCUCAGGGGUUUGAUUGCAGUUUCCUAAACGAUGAAGAAGCCAGGAAGAUCCUUCAGGUGCUGGAAAGAAAUGAGGCGCUUCAGAGAGCAGAGAAGGCGAGGAUCAGCAAACUCCAGAAGACAAAGAGGGAUAUCAGAUGGCUUCAAGGAGUGACUGGUGAAUGGUUUGAAGAAAUUCAAAGGAAAAAGUUUUGUAAUGAAACAGAUGUUAGCCAAAUGUUAAAACAACCGCUUACACAUAGGCUGAGAAAGGGGAUGGCAGAAAAUGAUCCUGUGGAAUUACAAACAUCAAGAUCUAAAAAUAUACUCAAUCAAAGAAACCCAACAUCCAUUCCUUCUCGGCUGAGCUUCAGAUCAUCAUUUGCUUCCUUGUUCUCAUUCAGAAAAUCCAGAAAGGAGACUUCAAAGCUUCAGUCGCUGGGACAGAAAGGAUGUGAUGGCCACACACCUUCUGUGUCUGUGAGGGGAACCACUUUGCAGUCAAAAAUAUACAGCUCACCUCUGGAAAGCCAAGCCCCUGACAGUACAGCUGUCCCCGAGCCAGCAAGCAUGAGGGAGGGAAGUCCUGUCCCUCCGUGGGAUGGUUCACUGCUGGAGGAGGAGUUCUUCCAAGUUUUAGAUGAUUUGGAUAGCAAACUGGCUCAGGAACAAUCUCCAAGCUCAGUGAAUACCAGAACACCUCUCAACAUUGGAUCAAGGACACAGUUCAGUCGUUUUUACUCCAGUGGGAGCAAAUACAAUCAUAUCACAGGAAGGCACAAAAAUCGCUAUCAUGAAACUUCUAAUAUGUCUAUCUAUGAUGUCUUAAGACCAGGAACCCCUAGGGAAGGUUUUAAAACCUUUUCUCCUAGAACAAGGACAAUCUAUGAUAUGUAUAGGACAAGGGAACCCAGAGUUUUAAAAGAAGAUUAUGUGCAAAAGAACACUUUUGGUAGUACUUCUCUGUGUUUUGACAGCAGGCAACAAUCAGCCUCAUCAGCUACAGGGUAUUUCAAAGCAAGAAGCUUAUAUUUUCCAGCCACAACUCGGAAUAAGACUGGGUUUAUAUCACCAAGCCACCAACAGAGCCCAAAGAGAACUCCUUUAUCAUCUAUCAUAUGGAAUAGAUCAGAUUCUUCUAGAGAUAGGCAGAACCAGGAAGAGUUCCUGGAGGCACCAUCACCAAUGGAAAUUGACCCUGCUGACCAGUAUAUGUAUCCCAGGUGUUUCCAGGAGAAUAGGAGAUAUGAAUUUUACCAUUCACAGAGUGUUUACCAAAGUGUUGGUUUAAAUGUUCCCAUAGAUAAUGCAAUGAAUCCUGACCCAUUUGAGAACUCAGAAAAUAUGCCAUUCUACCAUGAAGAUAACCCAUUUGCUAGGUCUUUCUUUACCAAUACCUUUGGACGGAGCAGGGGACAGAGAUUUGGACAAAAUCCUUUUUGGGGCCAACAGGAAGAACAUUCUUCUUCUGACUUUCAUCAAAGCAGGAAACCAUUUACUUCUUCUGACAGAGACUUUGAAAUGAUCUCCACUGAAGUUAACAGUGCACUAGCUGGUCAUGGCCAUAGUGUUCCUUCUCAUCACUGGGGGUCAUUUUCUCCUGGUUACAGGACAAAUAUUCCCAGAAACCAACAGAUACCACAUCCCUGGCAGCUUGAUUCUCAGACAUCCACACUGGAGAGCAUGGAGGUGUCACAAGGUAAUGGGAACCAGUCUACUCAUUUCAGCCCAGCCAAUGUUUGUUCCAUGACUGGUGCAAGCUAUCACAUGAAAUCUGGUGGGUUAGAAUGUUCUCCUAUGGAAGUACAUGUAAACAAAGAACCUUACUCAUUUGGAAUUGCUCAAACUCUAGCAUCCCCAUUCAAAAGUACCUUCCUGCACAUUCCUGAUGACAGAGGGAAUCCUCAGAGUCCUAACUUUCAGAUUCCCACAGUCACUUUGCAGAAAGUUAAGCCAGCUUCUCUUCCAAUCAGAAACUAUACAGAAGUCACUGUGACCAACGUUUCAGUUGAUUCUCUGCCUCUGACUGAAAGCCAAGCCAAUAUCUUGGUCACAGAAGUAAAUAAUGAGAAAGACUUGAACGCAUCUGUUUUGGAAAAAGACAAAAAAAUAAACAAGAUAGACCAGACAAACAUGACAGGUGAAAUACCCCAACUUGUUUCACAGACAGUAAUUUCUAACCCUUUACCUGAUGUUCAAAAUCCCCUUUCCCAGGACUCAGACAAGAGCAACAGAUUUGUUUUUAAUGCAUCUACCACAGUAAGUUCAAAAAGGUUGCCUGGAGUCAUUUCCAGGAGAGAUACCUCCAAAAUUCAUAAAGCCAAUGAACUGAAAAAAGGUAAGAGUUAUACUGGAAACAGAAAACUUGACUCAGCAACUUCCCUUCCUUUCAUUCAGGAAAGCAGAACAACAUCACUUUUUCUCAGCCCAAAUCAAGUUUGUCACCAGGAGUUAACAGUAAGUAAUGAAGAUAUUUCAAGCAUUGUUAAAAAUAACCAUGGGAGUUCUGAACAUGCUGAUAAUCAAUACCCACAGUCUCCAGAAAAGCCUGCUCCUUUAGAUACCAAGGGAGAACAAUGUAUCAUGACUUAUUCUAGCAACUGCAGCCAGUCAGAUGCUGAUCAAAACAUGCCCCAUAAUUCUUUAGAUCUGUCUUUAGCGGCACUACCAGAUUCCUCACCAUCAAAUGAUUCUUCCCUUGAUGCUCUGGUAAUUCCUUCUACCACAGUGUUCUGGAAAUGUCCUUCAAACAAAGAUCCAUCUCUGGGAGAAAGAGAAGACAAUGAUUACAAGAACCAAAAUAGUCAGUUUUCCCUAAGCCACUUAGAAAACCAAACGAGUAAUGAUAAUGGUGCACCUGUACAUAAUGAAGAGGUUAAUGUUGUCAAAUGCCCAUCACAACCUCUUUUCAGGGGUGGAAAGGGAAAAGGAAAAAUAAGACAACGCAUAUCCUACGUCGAAACAUUAAGCAAAACAGAAAGUAGAUCAGUGCCUACAAGUGAAAGCAGCACUCUCACUGAGGGAACUCAAGGCAAUUCCAGGUCUCCUGAGCGUCAUGAGAUUUAUUGUACUUUACCGAGAAAAUCAGCCAUUUUUCUCAUCGGUAACAGGAAGCCUGAAAGUACGACGAUGCCUUCUUUGUUUAGGAAUGAGCCAGUUGCAUUACCGAUCAAAAAUGAUGUGGAAGAUCCAAUAGGAAAGUACACAUCAAAAAAAUCCAGUCCCAGUUCUUGUGAAUCAGAGAGUGAAUGUUCCAAAGUCGUUUCGGACUCAGUCUCAGUAGCACUUGAAGCCACAGAAGGGAUGACAAAUAAGACAAAAAUUGGAUCUGCUUCUGUUAGAAAGGGGCCACUUCCAGUCCUCAUCAAGAGGGCUGUGUCAUGUCCUUCAGAAGUGCUUUAUGCCUCAACUGGAAGAGAUGAAAGAGAAAAAUGCCUGAUUUCCGAUACAGAUGCUUCUACUAUAACACUUAGGCCUUGGGAGAGACUCAUUAACCCUCUGGGAAGUGACUCAUCUGUUUGUGAAUGUUCUUUAAGCAAGAAACACCACCAGGAGGAAUACGUACAAGAAUGUACUGAAAAGAAUGGUAAAAUUUCUGCCUCCAAGACAGGCAUAUUUUCCCAUCCAAGUGAACACCCUUUACCUUUUUCUUCGGAUAUGUCAGAACAAGAAACUGGGAAAACUUUACAUAAAUUUAAGACUACGAGUAUGUUUUGUGUUUCUGGUGAUGAAGAUAAUGUGAAGUGUCUUGAGGUGGUUUCAAUAUAUUAUACUCUACCAAGGAAGCACAGCAAAAAAUUCUGUGACCUUCUUCAAAAGUAUACACAAGACAUCGAUUCACUUACAGAAUCAACUAAAGUGGGGACUAAAACAUCUGAUGCUUUAGAAAAAGACCAACUGAAUUAUCCUGCACAAGGCCAGUCAGGAACACCUUUGUCUAAAGAUACCUCUGCUCAGGAGACCAGUCAUCUUUCUCACAUCACUGAAAAUAUGACUGUUUUACAAUUACCAAGUGUUGAGUCCUCAGAAUCUACAUUACAGGAAAUGGCUUCUAUUGAAGCAGAUGUUUCUCUUCAUAAACGAGAACCUAAAACUGGAGAAAUUUCCCCAUACAACUUAGCUAAAACACCUCCACCUGAUUCACAAAGCAGGAAAAAGAAUGAGAAAAAAUUGCAAAGUGAAACUGUGUUUACUUCACCAAUGCUUCAGGAAAAAAAAGUUACAAGAGAGAAAUCUGAAAAUUGUCUGCACUCCAUUAAAUCAGAUGACAGUGGUUUUUCUAACUUCCCAGCCCAUUCAGAAGAGAAUGUUGAAAACUCCAUCAUAAGAAGUUCUGGGGAGCAUACAGGUAGUGAUACAGCCAUUACAGCUACUGGAAGUCUUCAAAAAGAUAUCGCAGGCAUAGUUACAGAGGAGAGCUCCAAUGGAUUUCAGCCUAGGGAAGUCAGAGGGGAAAUUAGAGAAGAUUUCCCCCAAAACUCUGAGAAACCGCUUUCUGACUCAGAAAGCCAAGUCUUUGCUCUUACUCCGGCCUUGAGUAAACUACAGCUUGAUGAGACUUGUUCAAGUGAACAAGAUUUAGACAGUUCACAGUCUGAACCCAGAGAACUACUUGAAAGAAGACAGGGGGUAAAUACAACACAGAGCAAGGCUAAAGAUGAAAUGCAGAAGUUGGCAUGGAAUCAACGUUCACUUCCUAAAGGAAGUAAUAACAGUAAAAAAAGCUUGGCUGACCUAGAAAAAGGGAAAAGCAGAUCUCCAGUUAAACACGGAUUGGCAGUUAUGUCCAAAGCCAGCAGAAAAUUUCCAGCUAAAGAUUUAUACCCUAGAAGACAUGUAGCUACUAUCUUUCCCCAAAGUGGGAACAGUUCUGGCUUUAGCAGUUUGUCCCUUGGCACACCAGAAUGCAACCCACUGUCCCUUGAGCCUCCUUUAAAGUCCACAGGAACCACAGAUGAAAGCAGGUUAAGUAGUGAUGGCAUAAAUGUGGAGAAAUCCGAGAACCCUCUCCAGCUUACUGCAAUAUCCAAUAGAGAAGCUUGUACACCCUUAAGCAAUCAGAAGUCCAACAACAUUUCACAACCACAUCAAAACGAGUUUAAAAAUAUCUCAGAAUCACAACCAAAGUGUGAGAAUUCUGAGGAUGUAACAGUAACUCCGAUUUUGGAAACAGAACCAGGAGCCCUGGCCCAACCCACGUUGAUCAGCCUCAGGGAAGCAGACUUCCCUGACCAUCAGAGGAAGUUGAAACCCCCUUUUCAACUGGAGCCUGUGGAGAAAUCUACGGUGUGCGUCCCACUGACCAGUUGUCAGCAAGGACAAAGCAGUGCUUCAUCUCUGGAGUGUGAACAUCAGCCACACCCCUAUCGUUCAGAGAGCUUAAAAAGCGUCAAUGUACAUGGUGAUAUACUACGAAUAAGUCAUCCUCCAAAAGUCAGAGAGCGCCAUUUUUCUGAAAGCACUUCUAUUGAUGAUGUCCUGAGUCGACUGACCCUUGGGAAUGAAUUCUCUAACAGCGGGUACAGUCGAAGAUUUAAAUCUUUUUCUGAACUUCCCUCCUGUGGCGAAAAUGAAAGUUGGACUCUGAACAACAGCAGGACAAAAAUGGGUCCUAGGUCUGCAACAUCUAUAUCCAGGCCUAUUGACUAUGGGAUUUUUGGGAAAGAACAACAGUUGGCUUUCUUGGAGAAUGUAAAGAGGUCACUCACACAAGGGAGAUUAUGGAAACCAAGUUUUCUUAAGAACCCUGGCUUCCUGAAAGAUGAUGUAAUUAACCCUGCUAACCCGACAGAGUCAUCGACUUCAAAUUCUCCUAGUAACCAGAGGCCAGAGGAUGGCUUAUCUCUAAGCACGCCACUUAAUAUCUAUGAAGAGGAUCCAGUAGACUUGGAUUGUGACACAGACACGACCACGGAUGACGAAUACUACUUGGAUGAAAAUGACAAAGAGUCAGAACUGUGAGCCUUUUUCAAUGACAUGUAUAACCUUUUCACCAAAAGUUUAUAAUGUAAAUAAAGUGUAAAUAUGUAUGUCUAUGGAAAGGACAGAUACUAAAAAAAUCUAGUCUGGGCAAUAGCUGCUGUGAAACAAUCCAAAUUCACUCCCCCACCCCCCACCCCGUGUAUAGACAUCCUGAAUCCUAGAGCAAUGAAUUCUUGUUUAGUGUUUUCUUCCUCUGUAUAUAUGCUUGGUCUUCUGCCACUCAGCCCCAAAUUAAUCUCUUAAUUCACGAUCCAGUUUUGGCUGUCUGCUCUACAUCCCCCCUAACUUUCUUUCACCUUUCCAAUCCCAGCACAACAGCAAAUCUCUAUACUGCAUCUUCCAGUCCAUACUCCAUAUUCGAUUGUUAAAUAAAAUGUAGGGAUGAUAACAAUGGAGUAAGUGUUAUUAUCCUGUUUGACUCAUCAACCUUUAGAAGAUUUAGAGUUUGGGUUUGGUUUUUUUUUUUUUCUUGAACAAAGAUCAGGGGAUUUCCAUAAGGACAUCCUGUUUUAUCCAUAGUGGAGAAGGGAGGCACAUAUUUGAAGUGCUUAUUGUUAAGAGGUGAAUCUCUAGUAAGCCAAAGAACAUUGUUGUUGUUCAGUUGUGUCCAGCUCUUUGCGACCACAUGGACUGUAGCAUGUCAGACUUCUCUAUCCUUCACUAUCUCUUGGAGCUUGCCCAAACUCAUGUCCAUUGAAUCAGUGAUUCUAUCCAACCAUCUCAUCCUCUGUUACCCACUUCCCCUCUUGCCCUCAAUCUUUCCUAGCAUCAGGGUCUUUUCCAAUGAGUCAGUUCUUCACAUCAGGUAACCAAAGUAUUAGAGCUUCAGCUUCAGUCCUUCCAGUGAAUAUUCAGGGUUGAUUUCCUUUAGGAUUGACUGGUUUGAUCUUCUUGCAGUCCAAGGAGCCUUCAAGAGUCUUCUCCAGCACCACAAUUUGAAAGCAUCAGUUAUUUAGCACUCAGCCUUCUUUAUGGUCCAACUCUCACAUCCGUAUAUGGCUACUGGAAAAACCAUAGCUUUGACUAUGCGGACCAUUGGCAAAGGAAUUCAUUUGAAAUAGUUUCUAGGAUGGUACAGAGGGUGGCUUAGCCACAGAAUUUCUGCUUGGGAAGGGAACACAUCUGUGGGGUGGAGAUAAGCAGACAUCCCUUCAUGAGAUUGACAUCCUUAAUGCAGCUCUUUCAGCAACUGUUUUGUUUUGUUUUUCUUGUUGUUGAUUUGUUUCUGCUUUUCCCCAUUUCCACAGAACCAUCCAUGUAAAAGUUUUCUUUAUUUGCAGGAUAGAAAACUUUUUUCCAUGUGAGACAUUUUAGUCACAAGCAAUAGCCUUGGUCAAGUCCCUAAAGUACUAUCAUGUUAGAUCCGACACCUUGAGGCUCACAGCCUUCUUUGGCAGAUUUUCCAAACCCUUAGAAGUUAGAAGGCAGAGCUUCUAAAGGUUUGUCACAAUGAUUCCUUCAAUAAUUUUAUCAAGACUAAAUAGCUUGUCAUACCCACUGAUAACUUGGCUUUCCUAGCUCUUUAAUUUGCCAUGCAGAACUUCUGGAGAUUUCUCUUGUGUUCGUGCCUGGAGAAUCCCAGGGACGGGGGAGCCUGGUGGGCUGCCGUCUAUAGGGCCGCACAGUGUCAGACACGACUGAAGUGACUUAGCAGCAGCAGCAGCAAUCAGGAAGACCAAUAAACAGGCAGCCGCGAAGCUAACCUAAUAGAACUACAGAAAACAUACCAUUCUAGUUCUUAGUAUUGUGAGGGUCAACAUGAAUGGAUUGUAUCUUGUUGGGUCUAUAUUUGCUUCCUGGCCUAAUUUUGUUUUCAUUUUUCUCACCUAGUCUGUUUCAUCCAUAGAAGUUAAGGAUAAUGAUAGGAGUUGGGAAAAUGUACUGAGAUCUGGAACUGAUGGAAAUGCAAGAAAGGACCACACUGUUAUUAUCCUUGCAAAUAUUGCCUUGUCUAGAAGCUAAAUGCCAGAGCUAGUUUACAUUGUUCUCAUGAAACUCAAAACUGGUGAAAAUGAGGUAACUACAUGAAAGCUAUUUCUUAAACCUAUAAAUUGUCUUAAACUUCAAGUUCUGACCAAUUCUCAAAAAAGACUGACAGUAGAAUUUUAAUUGAACUGUUCUAAAUAUUUCCAUUUAAAUUUGUAUGAUAACGCAUAGGUAACAUUUUAUUCUUUGUUCAUGUAUGUUUGUAAAUUCUAUCUUCCUUUUUCUAUUUAUCUGAUUAUUUAAUUAAAACUUCAUAAACCAUAACCUAUGUUUUCUAUUUUAAAAUAUUAAAAGUUAAUAUUUUAAUAUUAAGAUUCUUGGUUUUUUAAAUGAUCAGCUUGCAAGUUCUAUUUCGGUAAACACUCUGAGCCUACGUGUAUGUUACAAAAGGUGAAAUGAAGUUAGCUUAUUUUUCACUGAAUUUAGCCUUUAUCAGCAGUUAGGUAAGUUAAGAUCAGGCUAAAUAACUACUUUCGGGCCCUGAUUCUCUGUACUAGAAUCUAACACCCGAAUUUAAAGGUAAUUGAUGGCCAGUGCUCACUUGCACCAUUUGUAAUAUUUGCUUGUUGGUGUGGCUCAAGAAUCAAGAAAACAGAAAAUUUAUGAAAAUAGCACCUUCCAUAAAGUUUUAUACCUUUAUAAAACACUUCAUUAAAGAAGUAUAGCAAAUAUCUAUGUAUUUUAACAUACAAAGUGCUGCUUUUUAAUAUUCAUUUUUGGUAUAGCUAUAGUAAUUUAUACUAGUCAUUUUUUAUACUCAUAACUUGCUUUCUAAUAUAUAAUCAUCAUUAAAGUAAAUAUUCACAUAAAUGGAGUCAGUAAUGAGGGAAUCAAUAUGAAUAAUUACCUGGUAAAUUACUAGUUCAUUUAAAUAAUAGACUUAUACAACCAUAAGUUUUAUGUGUAAACUCCAUUUAAAAUAAGACUCAAUGAGAUUAAUAUUCAGAGACUUCCCUCUAAAUAAUUUACACCCUAACAUUGUCAAUACAUUGCUAUUAAUAAAACUCCAACAGCUAAUAAUAAGGUUUUGGCUGAUGAUAAGCUAAUAAAAACUACUUUGUAUAGAAAGUACAUGGGUGCCUGUGCCUGUCCUAGGGUUGAUGAAAGUCCACUUAAGUUUAUGGUGAAGAUAGGUAUCAAAUUGGAAAAUCCACACCUAUAUAAAAGUUAUAUAGUCCAUUGAAUGCCAGAAGGUUAAAGAGGCCUUAUUGCUAAGAGUUUAUUGUUAGUAAUAGUAGUAAUGCUUCAGAAUAUCCAAUUUAAAUGUAUAGUGUAAAUAUGUAAAUAUUUUACUUUGAGGCUCUUUGUGACUGGCAUUUCUGUGUUUCUGAAACAUAUAAUAAGCCUUAAGCACUAUUGUUUAAAAUGUCAAAUAAUCCUUUUAUGUACUUGCUAUCAAACUUCUUCUCUGGGUAUGAAAUAUGUUACAAGACAAGGUGCGAAUUUAAAACAAUGCCGGUAUUGAAAUAAAUGAUUUAAAUGGA